UGGAGGCUCUUAGCAUCCAAAACCAUCCAUAGUUUAUCUGAGGUAUGGGGUUGGUAAAGCUGCUGUGUGUGUGUUCCACCCUCAUGGUGUUGCUUGUGGAUUGCCGCAACCCUGACUACUUCCACAUUGGAGGAGUCCUCAGCAACAAUGAGAGCAAGUUACAGUUCGAGGAGACUAUUGCCCACCUGAACUUUGACAGCCAAGUAGUCCCAAAAGGAACGACCUUUUAUGCAACAGCCAUUCAGAUGGAUGCUAACCCCAUCAGAACUGCCCUUAAUGUCUGCAAAUACCUCAUUGCAAAUCGGGUGUAUGCUGUUGUUGUGUCACACCCUCUAACUGGAGAUUUGUCUCCUGCGGCUGUCUCUUACACCAGUGGCUUCUACCACAUCCCUGUCAUUGGUAUUUCGUCUCGGGAUUCCGCCUUUUCUGACAAGAACAUCCAUGUGUCGUUCCUCCGCACGGUGGCCCCGUACUCUCACCAGGCGGACGUGUGGAUGGAGCUGCUCAAACACUUUAACUACCUCAAAGUCAUCUUCAUUCACAGCUCGGACACAGACGGUCGAGCCCUCCUUGGCCGCUUCCAGACAACCAGUCAGAGUUUGGAUGAUGACGUGGAGGUCAAAGUACAGGUGGAGUCAGUCAUAGAGUUUGAGCCUGGCCUGGAGAGUUUCACAGAGCAACUUCUAGAGAUGAACAAUGCUCAAGCGAGAGUUUACUUGUUGUACGCCAGCAAGGAAGACGCUCAUGUGAUUUUCCGAGACGCAGGUCUACUCAAGAUGGCGGAUGCAGGCUACGUGUGGAUUGUGACGGAGCAAGCGCUAGACGCCACCAACGUCCCUGUGGGUGUGUUGGGUCUGAAACUCGUCCAUGCGCAGAACGAAAAGGCACACAUCCAGGACAGCAUAUAUGUUCUGGCUUCUGCGCUCCGAGACAUGAACCAAACAGAAAACAUCACAGAGGCACCAAAAGAUUGUGAUAAUUCUGGAUCAAUUUGGGAAACUGGAAAAGUACUGUUUGAAUAUAUAAAGAAACAAGUCCUCUUCCAUGGGGCAACAGGGAAGGUAGCUUUUGAUGACAACGGAGACAGAAUCAACGCUGAAUACGACAUUGUCAAUGUACAAGGCCCCGGCCAACAGGUCACCGUGGGACAAUACUUCUACAGCAAUGAAAUGAACCGAAUGCGUUUGAAGAUCAAUGAGUCCCGCAUCAUAUGGCCGGGCCGACCGAAAAGCAAACCCGAGGGAUUGGAGAUCCCCAAGCACAUCAAAGUGUUGACGAUUGAGGAGAAACCCUUUGUAUACACUAGAGAACUGGAGGAUUACGAGGGUGAAAAUUGUAAUCCUGAUGAAAUACCUUGUCCUCACUUCAACUCUUCAAGAGAGGAUAUGCGGAUGUUCUGCUGUAAAGGCUAUUGCAUGGAUCUUCUCCGCGAGCUGUCCAAGACAAUAGGAUUCACCUACAACCUCUCACUCUCUCCUGACGGACAAUUCGGAAGUUACAUCAACAAGAAUAAUACAGGAGGAAAGAAGGAGUGGACUGGACUGAUUGGUGAGCUGGUGGCCGAGAGAGCUGAUAUGAUUGUCGCUCCUUUGACCAUCAACCCUGAGCGAGCUGAGUUUAUAGAGUUCAGCAAACCUUUCAAGUACCAGGGCAUCACCAUUCUCGAGAAGAAGCCAUCACGAUCAUCCACCUUGGUGUCAUUUCUGCAGCCGUUCAGCAACACUCUUUGGAUCCUAGUUAUGGUCUCGGUGCAUGUUGUCGCUUUGGUACUCUACCUCCUCGAUCGCUUCUCACCCUUCGGCAGAUACAGGCUUGCCAACACGGACAGUACAGAGGAAGACGCUCUUAACCUUUCCAGUGCCAUCUGGUUUGCUUGGGGUGUCCUGUUGAACAGUGGAAUCGGGGAGGGCGUACCCCGCAGUUUCUCAGCUCGAGUGUUGGGUAUGGUCUGGGCAGGCUUUGCUAUGAUCAUCGUAGCCUCUUACACUGCCAACCUGGCUGCUUUCCUCGUGUUAGAGCGGCCGAAGACCAAACUUACAGGGAUCAACGACGCUCGGCUGAGAAACACAAUGGAAAACCUGACAUGCGCCACAGUGAAGGGGUCUGCAGUGGACAUGUACUUCAGGCGGCAGGUAGAGCUCAGCAAUAUGUACAGAACAAUGGAGGCCAACAACUACAACACAGCUGAGGAAGCAAUCCGUGAUGUCAAGACAGGGAAGCUGAUGGCCUUCAUCUGGGACAGUUCUCGACUAGACUUUGAAGCUGCUCAAGACUGUGAGUUAGUGACAGCUGGAGAACUGUUCGGAAGGUCUGGAUACGGCAUCGGCUUACAGAAGGGAUCACCAUGGGCGGAUGUUGUUACUCUAGAAAUACUCAAUUUCCAUGAAAGUGGCUUCAUGGAAAGUCUUGACAACAAGUGGAUUCUACAGGGAAACCUGCAGCAAUGUGAGCAGUACGAGAAAACGCCCAACACGUUGGGACUGAAGAACAUGGCAGGGGUGUUUAUACUGGUGGCGGCAGGGAUUGUAGGGGGCAUCGGUCUAAUCAUCAUUGAGAUGGUAUACAAGAAGCAUCAGAUUCGCAAGCAGAAACGCAUGGAACUAGCAAGACAUGCGGCAGACAAGUGGCGUGGAGCUAUUACGAAACGUAAAACACUCCGUGCCAGUAUUGCAGCCCAACGCAGACUCAAAGCUAAUGGUCUGAACGAGCCGAGCCUCUCAGUGGAAGCUUUGCCUCGCAGCGUGCUCGACCUACCAAGCCCAGUACGUGCCUGGCCCGGCUCAGGUGACAUGCGACAACGCACGGCUCCUGAAGCCCCACACAUCAUUGUGUAAACAAGCAAUACCUACUGCUACAGUAUUAGUUGUUACGUUGCUAGAGAUAAUUUUAAUAAAUAUUUAUU